CUCCGCGGCGCGGGAGCCGAGCGGGAGGCCAUGGCGCUGCGCGCAGGGAGGUGACCCGCCGGACGCGGGGAGCGCUGGACCGCCAUGGCCCGGCGGCGGCGCCGCGCCUGCAUCGCGCUGUUCCUGGUGCUGCUCUUCGCCUUCGGGACGCUCAUGGGCCUGCGCACGCUCAAGGCUCCGGACGGGCUCCCGGCGCUGGGCCCGGGCCUGGAGGUGGCCUCCUUUGAGCGACGCCCGGAGGGGGUCCCCGCUGCCCGGGACCCGGCCGCCCCCGCCGUGCCGCCCCCGCCGCCACCCCCGCCCCGCACCGUGGGCCCGGGCAGCCCCCCGGGACCGGCCCCAGCAGAGGCCGAGCCGGCUCCUAAACAGAGUCUGCGCGUCUACUCGGACUUGCACGCCUUCUACUAUUCGUGGUAUGGGAGCCCGCGGCGCGAGGGCCACUACAUUCACUGGGACCACGUCAUGGUGCCGCACUGGGACCCCAAGAUCUCGGCCAGCUACCCCCGCGGCCGCCAUAGCCCCCCGGACGACUUGGGCUCCAGCUUCUACCCAGAGCUGGGGCCCUACAGCUCCCGGGACCCCGACGUUCUGCGGGAGCACAUGACCCAGCUCAAGGAAGCCGCCAUCGGCGUCCUGGUCCUGUCCUGGUACCCACCGGGCAUGGCUGAUGACAACGGGGAGCCCUCCGAUGACCUGGUGCCCGCCAUCCUGGACACUGCCCAUCAGUACGACAUCCAGGUGGCUUUCCACAUCCAACCCUACAAGGGCCGGGAUGACAUCACUCUGCACGACAACAUCAAGUACAUUGUUGACACGUAUGGCUCCCACGACGCAUUUUACCGCUAUAAGAACAGCAUGGGGAAGAGCCUCCCACUCUUUUACAUCUACGACUCCUACCUGACAACCCCUGAGGCCUGGGCCCAUCUCCUGACACCAAAUGGGCCCCACUCCAUCCGCAACACCCCCUAUGAUGGGGUCUUCAUAGCGCUGCUGGUGGAAGAGGGCCACACUCACGACAUCCUGGCCGCCGGAUUUGACGGCAUGUACACCUACUUUGCUUCCAAUGGUUUCUCCUUUGGCUCCUCCCAUCAGAACUGGAAAGCUGUGAAGAGCUUUUGUGAUGCCAACAACCUCAUGUUCAUUCCCAGUGUGGGUCCUGGCUACAUCGACACCAGCAUCCGGCCCUGGAAUAACCACAACACACGGAACAGGGUCAACGGCAAGUACUAUGAGACGGCCCUGCAGGCGGCCCUGACGGUGAGGCCUGAGAUCGUUUCCAUCACCUCUUUCAACGAGUGGCACGAGGGCACCCAGAUCGAGAAGGCCAUUCCCAAGAAGACUCCAACGCGCCUGUACCUGGACUACCUGCCUCACCAGCCCAGUCUGUACCUGGAGCUGACUCGCCGCUGGGCAGAGCACUUCAUCAAAGAGAAGGAGCAGUGGCUGAUGUGAGGGGCCUGAUGCAGGACACGAGGUGCUGCUGUCCCAGCCGCGCUGGAGUCCCAUUGCCAUGAGGGGCUCUGCUGACGUUACAGGCCCUCACUGUCCCCCGGUCAGCAGCUGAGUGCUUCUGGGUGGACCAGCAAGCCUGGGCUCGUGUGGGAACAGAGCCUGUCCCUCAGGCAAGUGGUGCUGGGGCUGCUCUGCAGUGACAGGAAACUGGGGGUGUUCUGGAGAGGGAACUGUACGUAGAAGCUGGCAGGAGACUGGACUUAGCCCAGGGAAGCUUCGCAUCCCCAGUCAGAGCACUUUAAAAUGAUCCCUUCGGGCUUUGCACUCGGCAGGUGGGUGUGGUGUGAGCCAGGCCACUGCUGUCCGAAGGGCGUCAGGGCUCUGGGCUAGCAUGCACCCUCCCCCUUCUGCCAGCCUGUCUUCUCUUCAGGCCUCCUUCCAACACCGUCUAUCUUCUCCAAGUUAGGGGACAGAAUCUGAGACUGUCCAAAAGGGAAAUGCUAGGUUUAAGCUCUUCCCAGUGGAUUCCUGGACCCCAUUUUCAGGAAAUAAUCCAGAGCAUCCACACAUUCAUUGAACGGAGCGCGGUCAUUUGCUGGGAGCAAAUGACCAGGACCCAGCUUCCCUCAUCUGGCACGGCCUUGUAGCCAGUGCUGAAGCGCAGCCACAAGUUCUCGUUGCAGUUUUACCCCAGCUGGGAGUUGUUUCUUCUAAGAAAAUACCUCUGUGCUCAAGCCGUUUUCCCAGAUGAACAUUUAGCUCCAGGGAGAGGCCUGGGACAUGCCCCUCCCUUUAGCUGCCUAAACUGAAUGAGGCCCAUUCACUAGAGCCAUUUUCAGUGUGACUGUGAUUUGUAUUAAUUAAAUAUGAUGUUGUAUUCUCAAGCAAGCAUUCCUCUUGCUCUCUUCACAGAUUCUGACAAACUGACACGUGGGAUAGCUAGUGUUCACUUAGUGGAGAGUGUGCUUAGGUAGCUCAGACAAGAUUUCUAGAGGGAAUAUUUAACAAACCACUGCUUCUUUCCAAAUAAACUAAUGUGCUAAUUGCAGAGGCAGCCUCCCUCCCCACCCCCUUUUUGGCAAGAUUCUUAGGAUCUACUUGAAAAAAAUGUCUAUUGGGAGCCACUAUAUUAAGUUUGUGGGCUUGAGACUGAACCCUAAUUCUGGGAUCUGGGGUACCAGGCAGAGAGGCAGCAGCCGGCCUACUGGGUGCCACAGGGACUCCCACUGCAGUGAGAUGGCCAGUGGAUGGGGUAAACCUGCUCAUCCUGCUGGUGACACAGCUGGGGAAACCAAGGCAAGUAGGGACAGGUGAAAAGGGGUGGAUGGUGAGCUGUAGUAAUUUACUGAAGGAGGAGCACUGAGGCCUCAUUUCGUAAAUAGUUUGAAAAACACUAAAAGUAUGGCAAUGCUGAUGGCAGUCUGAUAGAAACCAGUUCUUUUGAAGGCUUAUCUGUGUCAAAGGCCAUAGGAAUGCUCAUACA